AUGAGCAUCCGUCGCAGACGUAGCGGCGCGCGCUCGGCUUGGAAUGGAUCUCUUUCGCCCUCUUUCGCUCUCCUUUGUAUUUUUGAUUGAAGUCGGUUGGUUAUUUAACUCACAUUUGAAUAUUUACGGUCCACUAGUUUCUUCUGUGCAGUCAAAACAUCCUUAAGCUGGUUAAAGACGAUUUGCAGAGAUGAUCCUGAAAUGUUAUGUUCUGUCAUUUCCAAAUUUAAUCUUCCCGGAUUUUCAAUUUUUUAUAAAUGUCGCGAGAUGGCGCUACACACCGGAAAGUUUGUGAUGUGCAUAUGCAACCAGCCGAAAUAGAAGAAAAACAACUCCCAAUUAUUGAUAACUUUAACGAUCUAUUUAUUCUCCCUAAAGGAUCAGGAGUGGAAAGGACCUGUAAAACAGUCAAUGAACCAAAUGGAUGGAAAUUUGCAGCCGAUUUCAACAUUGUCUGGUCAUCACGACCGCGUUUGGUGCGUUUCGUGGAAUCCGACCGGGACACUUCUGGCGAGCUGUGGAGGUGACAAGACGGUCAGAAUCUGGGGCAAAGAAGGUGAUAAUUGGGUCUGUAAGAAGAUCCUCCAGGAUGGCCACACAAGGACCAUCCGACGUGUUGCCUGGUCACCCUGCGGUCAGCUGCUGGCCUCGGCAGGCUUUGAUGCCCAGACCUGCAUCUGGGAUCGUCGCAGCGGAGAGUUUGAGUGCAGCGCCACCCUAGAGGGCCAUGAGAAUGAGGUGAAGAGUGUUGCUUGGUCACAGUCUGGCUCACUCUUAUCAACGUGCAGCAGGGACAAAAGUGUUUGGAUCUGGGAAGUUGACCAAGAAGACGAUGAUUACCAAUGUGCCAGUGUACUCAGCAUUCAUACUCAAGAUGUGAAGCAUAUCGCCUGGCAGCCUGGACGUGAGAUCUUGGCAUCCUGUAGCUAUGACAACACUAUCCGGUUGUUCCACGAGGAAGACGAUGACUGGAGCAGCUUUGAGACCCUCGACGGUCACGAGUCGACGGUAUGGGCCAUCAGCUUCGAUAAGACCGGUUCCAGGCUGGCUUCUUGCAGCGAUGACAAGACCGUCAAGAUCUGGCAGGAAUAUCAGCCAGGAAAUCCUGAAGGUGUUGUUACAUCAGGUAGUAUGCCUUCUUGGAAGUGCGUUUGUACUCUUUCAGGAUACCAUUCCAGAACUAUCUUUGACAUCAAUUGGUGCCAUCAGACCGGCCUGAUCGCAACCUGUGCAGCGGAUGACAGCAUCCUCAUCUUCAAGGAGGAUGAAUCAGUCCAAGACAGGCGGAACCAACCAACCUUUGAUCUUGCGGUCAAGACAAGCAGAGCUCACACUGAGGAUGUCAACAGCAUAUGCUGGAACCCUAAGCAGCCAGGACUCCUGGCAUCAUGUUCUGAUGAUGGCUCGGUGAAACUAUGGCAGUACGAUGCAGAGUUGUCUUGAUAUUUUGUAAGCCAUUGACUGAACGUUCUCUGCAGAAGUGACUAUAUUUGAGAUAUCCUGUAAUUGCAAGCUUCUCAUAAUGCCUUGUUCGACUUCUUCAGAUUGACUUUGGACAUUUGAAGAUGAUGAUGAACAGCUUUUGUAAUAAUCUGAAAAUUGAUCAGAGGCUUUAUUUCUGCUAAUUUCAUCUGUUAUGCAUCACCAGAAUUACAGCUUUUGUAUAUUGCCAUUGCUGCUCCCGAAUCAUGACAGCAUGAGAAUCAUGAGAAUAUUAAAGAGAAUUGGUGACUUUGCUGUAUGAAUGAAAAAAUCUUGAAAAUACAUCUGUGCACCAAAACGCUGGCUUAUAAGGUUGGGCAAUUUAUCAGUAUCCUAAGAAAAUCACAUGUAUGGAAUUAUGUCGGGUGGGAACUAUGAGUAAAACUACGGUACUCAGUAUCCCAGAGUUAGCAUUGGUAGCUACUCCUUGCAUGGUGCCAUACUGGGGUGUCAUGAAUCAAUGUUUGACAAUUGAAAUGAUCAAAGUAUUAAAACGGUCAUUGUUUUAUCAGGAUCAGAAUCCGUUGUCUAUUCUUUAUUGGAUUAACCCCAUAUUUCAGUACUAAUAAUUACAAAAUAAAUAGAAUGAUUUUUGAAAAGAAUAAUCCUGUUUAGGACAUUGAAGUUUGUAAACUGCUUUGGCAAAUCUAAUCUCUAUCAUUAAUCUGAAAUGUACUUCUUGUAAUUUAAUAUUUCCAUAUCAUGAUAUCAUAAUAGGAUUGAAAUAAUCAUAGAAAUGGAAUGUGGGAAUAUAACACUUUCCUAUUACUAUUUGUAUUUGGGCCCUGGAUUUCAGUACAAAGGCCCUGUUUCAAAGAGUCUUGCCAUUACUGAAACUACCAUGGAAAUCUUGAUGUUGAUUGGCUGCUGAGCACUGUUAAUAUGAUAGUUAAAAUGGCAAGGUUACCAUAAUCGGAACUCAGGGGAGGGGGCUACUUUGUAUGAUACAUAUGUGCCGCUGUCGAGACCCCCAUUUUCAGCCUAAAUUUCUGUUCCAGAGUAUCACCAAUUUAGAAAGCCAUAGAAAUUCCUAUUUCCCUCCGUUCCAGAAACUCUCAAAUUUGUGGUUUCUCGUUCCAGUGCACGCCCAUCAUGAACUACUCAGCCGGUUAGAGCGACGAGCUCGAUCGGCACAGAGUAGAGUUCGAUCCCCUAUGGUGCGGAGUCAUGCCUACGGUAGCUGCUACAUGCUACAAAUAUUUUUCUUGAGACCCCCAUUUUUUAUGUGGUCAGUUCCAGAGCAUUGGAUUUUUAGCAAUAAUUGAUCAAAGAGCUGUUUCAGAAACCCCCAGUUUAGGAGCAAGAUUUGGUUCCAGAGCCCCCUAUUUUCGACUUUGGUGUCAUUUUAUAAUUCAAGUAGCCCCCCCCCCCCCCCCCCCCCGGCAAUCAGAGGUCUUGAUGAAAUAAGGGCCUGGUGGGUGUUUCAUAAAGCUGUUCGUAAGUUAAGAGCGACUUUAAGAACGACUGGUGAUCCUUUCUUUUGGUAAAUGGUAUAUUCAUUGCCGAUGGUCUAGCGCGUAAGAAAGAGUCACCAGUUGUUCUUAAAAUCGCUCUUAACUUACAAACAGCUUUAUGAAACGGCCCCCAGGGCUUGUAGAGCUUCAAAACAUUUCACUUGGUCCAUGCACAGAGGUCCCAAGUUUUUAUCAGAAAGACUUGGACCUGGAGAGUAGAUGAAUUUCAGCUGAAAGAACAACCAAUAAUCAGUGACUCCCUGAUUGCAAAUUUGAUUACCUAAAAUGGGAAUAUUUGUGAUGAUGCUGAUCUGUCCAGUUUCUUUCAAAUUUUUCCUGAAAGAUGGAUGCGAUAAAUGUCUUUGGUAUUCCAAAUAGGUUAUUACUCUAGGAAAUGUUUUUCAUAUAUCAAUGAUGCUUGAUUAAAUCAUUUACUUUGAGAAAUUAGAUUACACAUGUUUUUGUUUUGUGUACAGUCAAGCAUGUCUGUGCUGCCACCUGUCUUAGGUGAGUAACACAAUUAUCUCCUAUUUGAAAGGAAUAUAUUAGAAAACCUGUCUUUAAAGACCCCACAAUCUCAAGUUUCAAUCUCCUUAAAAAAAAUUGCUUUCAACAAACUGAGGAGUUACCCGUACCUUCUAUCUCGAUGACAUCACCUACUGUGUGUUACCAAUAUGAAAUCCCCCUACUCUAAGUAUAAUGAUUACUAAAUAUUCGAAAAUUCUUAACUUUCUUGUAACGUAUGAUUCAUCUGAUUUUGAUUCAAACUUCUUAAAUCCGAUUUGUCUGUUUUCUGUAAAAAAAAAUCCACUUGUGUUAAGCUUCUACAUGUAUAAAAAGGGGCUUUCAGUAGGAUUCCCGGGGGCUGUUUCAUAAAGCUGUUCGCAAGUUACGAUUGACUUAACACACGACUGUUGAUGCUUAUGCUGCAGGAUGUAUCCCCGUGUAGCUGACCAAGUACCUAAGAACAUGUUCCAGUCGUUCCUAAAAUUGUGCGUAACUUUACGAGCAGCUUUAUGAAACACCACCCUGCUCAGCAUCUUUACAAGUCUAAUCAUCCAAUUUCAUCUUCAACAACACAAUGAAGAAUACAGGAAAGUCAUUGUGAAAAAUACUGAGUUGGUUUCCAGCGAAAAGAUGCAGUGCAGACAUGUGUUACAGUGCCUUAAUGCUGAACAAACUUGCUUGAGGCAUAUAUUUGUAUUGUGACAGUGCAUGUGACACAUUUAUUCAUUUCAGUAAUAGUGAAAAUAGUAUUGAGAGUAGUACUAUUGAAGCAGUCAAAAUAAAUUUUAUUCCUCAUAUGCAUGUA